AUUAUGAAGGGCAGUCAUCUCCCUUGAAAGAUUAGUUGAAACCAAAAGAGGAAGUUAAACUAUUUGGGAAAUUUCAGUAAAUUCAGCAGGAUGUUUCAUACGCCAGAUUACUAUCACAAUAUAUCCAUGAGACUUUCUGAGGUCGUGGACGAUAUUGGAGUAAACGAAAAUAUGGUGAUGAAGUGGAGGAGGACAGCUUUACUGAGAGAAACUAUGCAGACAAUCACACCCGGAGCAGAUGGUAGACAAAUGACUGUAUAUGAAUUAGGCAGUCAAUCAGAAGGCACCACAACGAUAGGACUGGAAUCAGAUACUGACACACUUGGCUGUAUGGAUGAUAACAUUGUUAUACAGGACUGGUCUGAGUGGACUCCAGGUAAAUACAACUAUCUGAUGAUCCAGAAUGAAACAACACCACCUGGAUAUUGUCUUUUACAGGCACUUAGACCUGAUGCUCCACUUCCUGAUACACAUGAAACAGACGAUGACUUUGUCAAGGAUAAAAGUGGACGAAUAUUGGUCAAGAAUACAAUUAUUCCUGAUUCUAUGCCUGGAGGAUAUCAGCGACAAGGACCAUCAAUGGCAUUUGCAGCAACACCAGGUAUAUUUGCUGCAGACAUUGUAAUAACAUAUCCUUGUAAAUCAUGGCCCCAGUCGUCAAGAGUUUUCCUGGACAGACAAGAAACAAAUUCAUGGCCGACAGUUGCAAUGAAGAGAUAUGCAAAAACUACAAGAUGUUCUGUUGUUUGUGUUGGAAGCAAAGUCAGUGAAAAUGCAGACUUAGAAUGGAGAAUUUCUACCUCAUUAGCUGAACGAUGCCUGAUGUUCAAUUUAAAUAUUACACAAAUAAGAAUUUAUAUCUUAAUGAAAAUGAUUUUUAAAACAUACAUUAAUGUAGAAAAUCUUAACAAUGAAAGUUAUAUUUCAAGUUUCAUGUGUAAAACUGUUUUGUUUUACUGUAUAGCAAGUAAACCAUCAAAAAUAUGGAAGGAGUGUAACAUUUUAAACUGUUUAAGCUUCUGUAUACAGACAAUGAACAGAUGUAUAUUAGCAGGAAAUUGUCCACAUUUCUUUGAUCAUAAAAACAAUUUAAUGGCCGGAAAAAUAUCAACAGAAGUUAAACAUCAGUUACUUGAAAGAAUGUCAAAUUUGAUAUCAUGUGAUGAAACUUUUCUUUUUGGGAUACAGAUUGAUGACCUUGGUGAAAGACUUCAGAUUAAGCUUAAUAUGAUAAAUGAAUUACAUCAUGAUAUACCUCAGCCAGAUGAAUACACUAUGGACAUAACAGCUGGUUUAUUACUAAACAUGGGUAUAGAAAGUUCAAGAACUCAUUAUGAUUUUAUACAUGAGAUGAAAGAUGAAAGUUUAGAAAUGAAAUUGAAAAUUCUGUUACAGACAGUGCUACAUUUUACAAGGUACUACAGAGAUGGUAACAUGUUAGAAAAGACAGCAUGUAGACUUCUAGCACCUUUAUAUUGUACCUCAAUAGGCUCUCUGAUAGCCUCACAGAACAUUCAAAUCAACAACACAGUUUCUCCUCAAGCACUUGAUUGGCUUGAAGCAGGAAUGGACUCAGAUGUUGCUUCAAGCAGACUGAAACAUGCAUCUAUAAUAUAUUGUACUGGAGAUAUGGAAAGAGUUGCUUUCAUUCUUUCUUAUACAGAAGAACAAUAUAACACUGAAGUUACUGAGCCUUUAUGUUGCUGCUACAACGUCUAUAGGGAUUCCUUGAAGAGAGGAUUUCGUCAACUCUGUCAAUAUGAUGCCGCAGAAUUUAAGUACAUAGUUGCAUAUUGUGUAAGAUUUUUCCCUUGGGAAAUAAACUGUGUACCACAUGAACUUCAGUACGAAAUGUUUAGAUCAACCCAAGAAGACCUUCAACAUAGAGGUACACAUGAUGACUGGAUGGACUAUGCUGUAGUAGAUUCACUUCCAUAUCUGUAUUUUUUACAAUACAAGACAUACGGCAGCCUACAGAGACCAGAGGAACAACAACAAGCACUGACUAAACUUAUGAGGGUCUUUGAAACAGAAGACAACCUUGGACACAGAGAAACAGCACUGAAUUUACUAGGACAGUGCAUGGAACAGGAGAACAGACCUGUUGAUGCUCUACAGUGUUACAUGAUAUCUCUCCGCCUCAGGGAAAGAAAUAAUGCUGCAAAAUUUCACAUCUGCAGGUGUUUAGCAAAUACAAUUUCAUAAGAACACAGCAAAUUGUGAAAACUUAUUAUUCUCACUGAUCGAACUUCCAAAACAUGACAGUAAUUAUUCUUGUUGUAAGCCAGUAUUUCCACUUAUUCUGAUUUUCUGUGGCCAAAAUCCUUGGUGUGUAUAUUAGAAAAAAACUGUCACCUAUUUUGUGAAAAAGUGACGCAAAGGUAUAUCAAACAGCUCAAAUACAAUAUAUAUUAUUGGGUUUGAAUAAUCUUCUUUAAACUGUUAAAAUUUAAUUGGAUUUUUUUUUUAAGUCUUAAUAACUCUUUUGAAACAUCAUGGUAUAACCCACCAAAUGGUGACUAUUUCAAAUGUUCAAAACAUUGUUACAACGAAAUACUGUAUCUGGUGAGAGACUUGUAUGCAAAAUUCAAACAAUUUAUAUGUGCCGUUUUCAUAAGUUUUGUAUAAUUUAUGAUAUUUCAAGCCCAAGCUCAAGGAGAGAAUUUCAAAGUUAUUGCCAUUAGGGUUGUGGAUCGUUGGACAAGUUGCGGUCCGAUCAGAUCCGCGAGUCGGGCCUGACGAUUCACAGAUCAAACCACUGAUCACCAGCAACAACUUAUAAU